AUGGCUAUAUCCCGACCCGAUACCAUCACCAGCUUGGCUGAUGCAUUCAGAAACUGCAAGCCAGGACUGCCCCCACUAAUCAAUGUCAUGGGCAUAGUCAUAGAUGUGCUGUCCCCAACACCCACUUCCACAGGAGAAUGGGCUGUCACUUUUACCCUUCAGGACCCGGACAUGAUCAAGAUUCCUGUCAAUCCAAAGGGUCUCAAAGCUCGUUUCUUUUGUAGAACCGAAGAAGAGCUUCCGCCUGUCUCGUCUCUCGGCGACAUCGUCUUGCUGCGUAAUUGUAAGGUCUCGCCAUAUCGACAAGUACCGACCAUCUCCAAUGUCAAGGGCCGCACGACCGCAGUCGUCUACCAACCAAGUUCAAUCCCAGAGCCUGCGUUUAUGCAAUCCUUCCUUGGUGAAAAAGACAUCCCGUAUCUGCCACCAGAUGCAAUGCCGAAACCUUCAAAGACUGAACAGAUGUAUGCACUUGGGCUCAAGCAGUUGACUCCAUCCAUUGUGAACACUGCUGCUGCUUCCAAACCCACUGCAAUCCCUACUGGUCCCGCUGCUAGUAGAGCUAUUGGCCCUCUACCAAUAAGCUCAAAGCUCUGUACAAUCCAAAAUGCCAAGUACGACAAGUAUUGCGACCUCGCCGUCGAAGUCAUCAAAAAGUUUCCAAACUCAAACGGUAACAUGGAGCUUUAUGUCACCGACUAUACGUCCAACGAUGCACUGUACGACUACCCUGCUCCGGGUGAUGCAGAAGUGCACGACGAGUUCGGCAGGGAAGGUGACUUGUUUGGUUACAUACAGAAUGUGACCGGGACACGAAGAGACUGGCCGGGACCCUCUGGCCGUCACACCUUGCAAGUCGAACUUCUUCCACCACAUGCAGGAUAUGCUCGUGAUAAAGUGGAAGAAGGUGCCUUCGUCAAGCUUUCAAAUGUUCGCAUUAAAAAAAGCAGCGCGGGUAUGAUGGAAGGCAAUAUGUGGACGGACAAGGUUUAUCGACACAAGAUUCAGAUUCAGCCGUUGGUCGACGAAAGCGCGCUCAAGACCCUUACCAACCGCCGGGAGAGUUACUGGAAAGCUAACAAGAAGCGAAUUGAACAAGAAGAAGCUAAGAAACAGGGAAAGAAAGUGAACAAGAGAUCGAAGAAAAAGAAAGCCACCAAGGAGACAGCCAAUACAGAUGAGGCGACUUCAACCUCUUCCACCGUUCUGCACAACAAGCAUAUUGUUUGCGUGAAAAACGACGAUGUCGACAUCAGCACAAUCAAAGACAUACAAUCUAUGGAUCGCUCUUAUCGUGGCAAAUCUGGGCUAGAGCUGGUGCUACCCCUCAAUGUCCGAUACAAAGUCAGGACCAGAGUCGUCGAUUUCUGGCCACCAAUGUUGGAAGACUUUGCCACACUCGCAUCGCCUGCCGAUGGUUCCGGAGAGGACUCAGACAAGGAUACAGACAUGAUUGAUCUGUCAUCCAGUGACAAAUGGAUAUGGGACUUCUUUCUACUUCUGGAAGACAUCAAGCCUAGUCGACAAAGCAGUGCGCCGGCCCAGCAAUGGGUGCACGUCGGGCACAGAAAUGCAGAGUAUCUUCUGUGCAUGGCUGAGAAUGCCACCGAUCUGCGAAGCAAUACGCAGACAAUGGCAAAGUUACGCGAGCAGAUGGCACUCCUUUGGGGAAACUUGGAGGAACUCAAAGUCGCUGCUUCGCUAAAACAGCAACCGUUCCCAUCAUCUGGAACCGCUUCAGCCCACGACAUGGGCUUAUCCAACUUGCCCUUUUACUGUUGCAUCGAAGAGUAUGGCCAAGAGUUGGACGAAGAGGACAGACCUGAUGAGUUCACGGCUUACACAACACUGUACGCGCUGGCCCAAACUCGAAUAUUUGAGUCGCCAGUCUCGGACUGA